UAAGAAAAAAUAUGGCUGCCAUUUCGUUUGAUCCAAGAGUUAAUCUUCAAAUGAGAAAGAACUCUCACGGCGUAAUUAGUGAAGAAAUUGAAGGACUCAUCAGAGUUUACAGAGAUGGACGCAUCGAAAGGCCUCCUAUAGUUCCUAACGUUCCUCGCAAUGUGGCGCCAGUAGAUGAUGUGACAGCAAAAGAUGUUGUUAUCGAUAAGUUCACUAACUUGUGGGCACGCAUUUAUGUCACAAAACGCUCAGGCAUACUGCCUUUGCUUGUUUACUUCCAUGGAGGUGGAUUUUGUGUUGCUUCAGCUGCCUGGAUUUGUUACCAUGAGUUCUUGGCCAAUCUUGCUUCUAAAGCGGGUUGCAUCAUCGUAUCCGUAAACUAUCGUCUAGCCCCAGAAAACCGUCUCCCUACUGCUUACGAAGACGGCAUCAAGACCCUUAUGUGGGUAAAACAACAGACUCUAAAUUGCUCUCCUGAGCAUAACUGGUGGUUUAGUCGGUGCAAUUUCUCUAGCUUGUUCUUAGCUGGUGACAGUGCUGGAGCAAACAUAGCAUACAAUAUGGCGACAAGGUUAGGGUCCAGUAACAAUCCUGAUUGCAUGAUAAUUAAGCCUUUGUGUCUCAAGGGCAUCAUCUUGAUCCAACCUUUCUUUGGAGGAGAGGCAAGAACUUUGUCCGAGAAAAACAUGGCUCAGCCAGCUAACUCAGCUCUGACUCUAUCGGCUUCUGACACGUAUUGGCUGUUAUCACUACCUUUAGGGUCUACCCGUGAUCAUCCAUGCUGCAACCCUUUAGCAAACGGUGCAAGCAAGUUGCGGGAUCAAAGAUUUCCAGCAACAAUGGUGUGCAUAUCUGAGAUGGAUAUACUUAAGGAUAGAAACUUGGAGUUUUGUGCUGCUUUGGUUAAUGCUGGUAAGAGAGUAGAAAAAAUGAUUUACAAAGGAGUUGGACAUGCAUUUCAAGUUCUACUUAAUUCUCAUCUCUCCCAAAUCCGCGUUCAAGAGAUGGUGUCCCAUCUCAAUGCUUUCAUCCACCGAUGACAGAAGGAAAGGGUUUCAUGUUUCGUCAUUACUGUUUAAGUACUAUCUAUUCUGUGUCAUAGCUUAGAUAACGUUAACGUUGUUCACAAGAUACGUAUUUUCAUACAUGUAUCUAUAUGUAGGCCUUCGCUUUCCGCAUCAUUUAUCCUGUUUAAGCUGGUUUUCCUAUUAC